CUCGGGCCUCCGAGCCCCCCCAAACUACAACUCCCAGACACGCCGGCGCGGAUCGGUGCCGCCCGUGUCGCCAGCGCUGAUUGGUAGAGGCCGUGGGGCGCCAUGGAAGGCUGCCUGUGGUUGGAGGGGGCUGCGGGCGGCAGGUUGCCUCGCUGUUUAAGUUGCGGACGUUUGGCUGUGCUGAUUGUUUUGCCGUUGGGGCCGUUGCUUCGCGGAGGCUGGUGUGGCGGUGGCCGUGCGUAGGCGGGCGCGGCCAGUUUCGGCCUCCUGUGGGUUGUCCCUGGCCUGUUUGGCGCCGGACUCCCGAGGGGCUUUAUCCCGCGGUUACGGCCGUACCCGGAGGGACGCGCAACGUGCGUUAGCUCGUGUUUCCGCUUGGCACUGGCACCUCCGCCGGCUUCCCGGGAGCGACGGGCCCGGCCCGGCCCGGCUGAGGGGCUGCGCCUGCCCGCGUUUCCAGCCGCGGGGUCCCUGGCCCUUCCGCCGGGGCGUCAUGAGCGCAACGGAUCGCUCUCCAGGGGCCUCUCCUCCCUCCAGAAGAUAUACUAGAUCUCCAUCUCCAAGUCAGGGGGACUUUACUCCUCUUCCUUCAAUCAAUGAGCGCCUUGCUUUCCUCUGCCCAUCCCGGGAACUGUUGGAAUACUAUCGCAAGAAGAUAGCUGAAUUUGAUGAAGAACAUGAAGAUCUGAUAAAAAGGCUGGAGAGAUACAAAGAAUCGUAUGAUGAGCAGCACAAAUUGCAGUGGGAAGUGCGUCAGCGAGAAGAAGAGAUCGUGGAGUUGCAAAAAGCUUUGAGUGACAUGCAAGUCUACCUCUUCCAGGAGAGGGAACAUGUCCUUCGUCUUUACUCAGAGAAUGACCGGCUGAAAAUCAGGGAAUUGGAAGAUAGAAAAAAAAUUCAACAUCUUCUGGCUUUAGUGGGAACAGACAAGGGAGAAGUUACAUAUUUUCACAAGGAACCUCCACAUAAGGUCACUGUUCUGCAGAGGCCAGCUAAAUCCAGGGAUCCUCAUGAACGAAAUGGUAUUUCUAGAACAGGCACCAAGAGAAGCACUUCAAAAUCAGUGGCAAAAGCGGAGAAACUAGAAAGUCCUGAGAGAUAUCAGAGAGACAAUCAAACGCUCUUACUUCAGGUGGAGGCGCUGCAAGCUCAGAUGGAAGAACAGACACGAUUAUCCAAGGAACAGCUUGAGGCACUGCUAGAGGACAGGCGGAUUCAUAUGGAGGAAGCCAAGGUCCAGCAUCAGAGGGACCAGGACAAGAUUAAAAAUAUAACAGAUAAGCUUCAUAAGACCCAAAAUCUUUUGUAUGAGAGUACACGAGACUUUCUCCAGCUGAAGUUUGAUACUCGAGCCAAUGAGAAAGCAUGGAUGGCAGAGAAGGACAGUCUGUUGAGGAAACUUGACAAAGGCCCAGAGCAGCCCAUCAGCAAGAAGACAGAGAGAGAGAAGAAGCAGAGAGACAUCAAGAAGAUUCUUCAGGAAGAUUAUGACAUUUGGAAACUCCAUAGUGGAGAAAUAAAGUCACUGCAAGAGCAACUAGUGCAGGAACAACACCUAUCAAACAUGUACCGAGAGCAGUGUGUCACCUUAGAAGGUGAGCUGGCUAGGAUUCGUGAGGAGGGAGAUGUUGGCAGAGAGCUCUUUAAGGAACGCUCAGAAAAGAUGGGAAAGCGCCUGCAGCUGAUGACUCGGCGAUAUGAGGCCUUGGAAAAACGUCGUAACAUGGAAGUGGAAGGUUUCAAGAAUGACAUCAAGCAGCUUCGGCAGAGGCUGAAAGAUGUAGAGAAGCAGCUUUUCAAGGUGACUCUAAAUAUGGGACCAGACCAGGAUCUUGCAAUUCUACAUGAGGUCCGCCAAGGAAACAGACGAACGCAUAAAAUCCAAGGAGAACUGAAAAUGUUAAAAGCAAAAAUUUAUGGCUUAGAGAAUGAACUACGGGUCUGCUGAUGCUGAGGUAUUAGCCAGCAUCCUGUUUAUCAGGAACAGGACCAUUGCUAGGCUGGAAUAGUCAUCCUCCAGAGCAGCUCUUGCCUGUCUGCUUCCUGGCAUUAGUGACAGAAGGCUUGAGGGAAUCUGCAGUGAAUGUCAUGCUAUCAUACACGAGCCAUUCCUAACAUGUCCAGCUAUGUUGCUGUUUCAGCUGAGAGAUGACAGUGAUAAUCAGUCAUGUACUUUUGUCAGUCUUAUCAGGGUUUUACUUAAGACUUCUACUUACCUUUGUAUCUGUGGCAGUGGACACUGCAUGCUGAUCUUCAGCUCUAUUUGGAGCAUAGUACAGACCACAUGUGGAAUUAAUCAUGAAAGGAUCUAACUUUCAGGAUCUGAAUUGCUUGUCUGAUGUUCCAUAUGUGAAACAAGCAGCUUUUAAAGUGAUUUAAACGAUUAUGGUGUCUAGGCAUUUCAGGAUAUAACUGGAAAUUUUCUUUAGAGAAAGAUCUUAAAUAGAAAGUCAGUGCUACAUUUGAGUCCCAUAUAACCUUGACAGUAUAGCUGUUCUAAAAUGGCUUCCCUUUCCUUGAUUCCAAUUUAAUUGGGACAAACCCUGACUGAUUUAAUAUGGUGGAUAAAGAUAAUCUAUAAUAGAACUCCUGUAAGAACCAGCAACAUCAUCUCCAUUGAUUUUGAAUGUUUUAUUAAAGGUAGAAAAUACUAUCUCUGAAGAGUCAUCUUCCCCUGCCUCUUCACUCAGGUUAUCUUAACACACAGGAGCUCAUAAUAAAAGGCAGGUAGUAUCCUCUUUAACAGUCAUAUUAUCUACCUUCGUUGCUUUAAAUUUGAUGGUUACAUACCAACACUCAUUGUCAGCUUUUGCUGCUGUUACUGAACAAUGACGGGGACUGGGGUGGGGGAGCAUGUUUCUACAUGGGCUCUGGUUGUAUGACUAUCUCCACACUGGACAUCAGGAUACUGCAAUUCUAGGAAACCUUUAAGAGCAUAAAAAGCACUAGAACAUGGCUUCAGCCCACUUUAUAAUUGAAGGGUAUUCAACCUUGUACUGUAUUGUCAGCAAAUUUUGUCGACCUUGUAGACUGAGAGCAUAUCUGUGUUGGAAAAGGGGUUUUGUGCCUUAAGGCUUCUUACCAUAGCCCCUGUUAAAUGUGGCAGGAGCAGAACAAUGCCUUUCUGAAGUAUACAUCUAUAGGCUACCAAAACUUCGUUCCCAUUUGAAAAGUAAUCAGGAGUGUGUGAAAGCAGGCAGUUUCUCUUGGAUUUAGUAGUGGCCAUGGAGAUCUUCAUUCAGUGUUUGGGAGAGGCAGGGAAGCAAAAUGAACCUUUUUUUCUUGUCAAGAUUUGUUAGAAAGAAUUGUUUUCUGUAGUACCAGCUAAAGCAAUGGAGGGGGAAUUCUUCCAAGAAUCCAAGGCCUACUUCAUUUCUGCAUCUUUGUGAAAGGCUUGCUGGCCCUUAUGGUCCUGUAAUGUGGCUUCAGUUGGGCAUAUGCAUUCUUGAAGCCAAACUCUUCAGACGCAGAGACUUUAGUGUGGAUGGCUGACCACUUGUGUGCCUGGAUGCUCAAAUGCUUAUUGUAGUCUCUAAAUUCUACAGGUUAGAAGAGAUGGAUUUAAAAUAUGUUGUUGCUGGUCUAUUUAUCUUAAAAUGCUGAACUAGCCCAAAAAUUCAUUAAUGAACAGUUCAGGUGCCCAUGCAAUGUGGACAAGCUGGGGAAGGUUAUUAGACUCUGAAUGACAGCAGCACAGUUCUGCUAUUUCUUAGUUGAUUAGUACUUUAUCAAAUAAACUUCCUUUGGCUAGCCACCUUUGUGGAAUAACAUGCUGGUAGUUUGAAGAUGGGAUAUCAAAAAUAUUACCACCAUUCCUGACAGACUACUUCUGAAAAAUUACCACAUAAUGAAGUAUUAGAUGCUGAUUUUGCAGAAUCCAUCUACUUUAAAUUCAUUUAACAGGAAGCUAGCAAAUUGGUCUCUUGAACCUGUAGAAAUUGGUUUUUGUUUGUUUUCAAUUCCUCCAAGCUAAAGAGUAGCCUGAGAAAGUAAAUUUUCCUCACCUGAAAGCAAUAAAAUGAGUAUGGAUAAAGACUGUAGGCUUGGAUAUUUAGGACUGUAAGUUUGGGACAGAUAUUGGGGAAAGAAGGGUAUAAAUGUUUAACUUUUUGUUUUCCUUACCAAUUUUACUUACUGCUUGAAAGACUGAGGAGUAUAAAAGGGCAGUGUUUCUACCGUAUCUGCUGGUGCAUCAAAAUUAAAGGGCAGCUUCAACUUUAUUCUUUGUUUGUCACUAGGCUGUGAACCCUUUCUAUGGGGGGUGGAGGGACAUUACACUCGUACUGAUUUGUAUGUGCAUUUUAUUUGUAAGCUUGAAUAGUUUGUCCAAGGGCAGGAAGAAAAAGUACUGUACAUGAAUUUUUUUUGUUUGUGACAUCUUCAUGUGACCGUGUAAAAUGUUGCUUUCAUGUUGUUGCCAAAACAAAUGGAGACCUUCCGGCCAUAAUUUGCUUUAAAUAACCAAGUGCUCUGUACCAGACAGUUACCCCCUAAGACCUGUUGGUGAAGAACUGACACUUCUAAAGGGUUUUCCUGAAAAAGGUUCAAAGACCCAUAUUAGUCCAAACUUUCUUCCAUGGUUUUUGGGUUGAAUAUAAAAUAGUUUUUUUAAAAAGAACAUGUAUUCCAAAGACUGAUUAUCCUUUUUUGCUAAUUUACUAAUUAGUAAUGUGUAACUUGUAUCAUUUUAAUACAACUUAAUACUGGGUUACAUAUGUAGGGCAAGGAAUUUGAACUGUAUCUCCAAAAUGGCUGAUCCUUGGAAUGUGGAGACUGACAAGGAUUAGAGGUCACAAAUGGACAAAUUGUUGUUGUGAAUCUGGAUGCUAAAAUGUUUCCUGUGUAAAGAGGGGAAAGUGGGCAGGAAGUGACAUUUUUUCAUGUAUAGAAUUCAUAAGAUCAGGAUAGAGUGCAUACAUUAUAAAAAGUUGAAAUACUGGGCAAGACACAGAACCACAGAUGAUUCAGCAGAGGAAAAAGGCUGUGUAAGAACUCAUUGUAUUAAAUUAAGACUGAUUAAUAUACAAAUACCUUGAAGGAAAAAAAGCCCCUUAAUCCCAGGAAAGAAUGGCUGAGGAAAAAACAAUAGCCUGAAGCUGUAGUUAAACACUGAAUAUGGAAAAUAAAGUAUACAUCUUUAACAGGAA